UCCGUCAUCUCGGAAUAACAUGGAUUUAUUGUUCUUCUCGUCCAUAGACGAUGCCACGAAAGCAUGGCUCGAUACCUUGCAUCGGAUGUGGUCGCUAUGGAAGAAGUGCGACGGUGUUAGCAAAACAUUAACGGAUUACUUUGAAACGGCACCAAAUCCAUACCUCAGCACAUUGAGAAUCCUCGUCAACACCUCUGACUUUGAUCACAUGACAAACAGCAAAUCGCUAGCAUUUGCAGUGAUAGAAGAAUUUUCAAAUUGGAUGGAAGAUAGAAAAGAAGGUUAUAAGGAAUUUCUUGUUCCUGACUUGAAACUAGCAGCUUUCAAAUUAAUAAAGCAGAAACAUAUGAAACAAAUGUUACUAAUUAAGAAGGUAUCUACUAUAUAUGAAUUCGUGGAACAUAAGGAUAUGUUUCUACAAGCAAUAAGGGAAAUGAUACGAGAUAAAGAAUAUAAGGAGGCUGCACAAUAUGCUGCAAUGUUACAAUUGCAGAGUCAUUUUAUGAAUCCAGAAAUAUUAUUAUUGCCACUUAUAUUACAAAAUAAGUUACAAGUAGUUGAUGAAUUUUUAGUUGACUGCCAAGAUGUUCAAAAAGCCUUGACGACUUAUUUAGAUAACUUGAUAGCACCAGGAAAAAAUGUACAAACCACAUUGGAACGAUUUAUCUAUGAAAAUGAUAUUCCAGAAGUUAAAAUAUCGUUAACACAAGUUCGUCCAAUAACUAAGCUUGUUGCACGUCUAAUAAAACAGUACAAUUUAUCGCCUGAUGUAUGUCCACAUUUGAAUACAAAACGAAAUGAGGGAGCAUUGCAGUUUCUCAUACAUAAACGUUAUGUGGAUGGUAGCUUAAAUGUUGCCAGUUGGAGAGAGAUGGUGAGAGAGGCAAUAGGAAAUGAUGUUAAGUUACAAAAAGAAUUACUUCUUAUGUUAAUUAAUGUCCAAGAUGUACAAGAAGGUUUAUAUUGGGCGAGGGAAUAUAGAAUACCUAAGCAGGAAUGGCCAUGGUUAAUUGUGCAUGCAGAAGAAGAGGAAGUAGAAGAAGAAGAAGAAGGUGCGCAAGGGGUAAGUGAUGGAGCUUCUACAAGUAGAGAUGAAAAUUGGGAACCGAUUGAAGAUAAUAUAAAUUAUCAUACAUUAAAAUUACCAAGAGAAUCUAUUAAUGUCGUGGAUAACGGACGUUUAUUUGAAGAAUUUCUUGAUAAUGGAUUAAAAAAUGUUACUAUAGUUGGAAUUGAUUUGGAAUGGAAACCUAGUUUUGGAACAAAGCAACCAGAAUUAGCACUUAUACAGAUAGCUACUGAAGAUAAUGUUUAUAUUCUGGAUGUGACUACUCUUGGUAAUGAAUUACCUGAACUCUGGGUUGAACUUGGCCUUACGUUAUUUGGAAACAAAAAUAUUGUUAAAAUUGGAUUUGGAAUAGCACACGAUAUAACAGUGAUACGCAAUAGUAUACCUGCAUUGUCAUCUAUUAAAAACCAUGGUCAAGGAUACCUAGAUUUGAUGAUUUUGUGGAGAAAAUUAACAGAAGAUUACAAUUUUAUUUUUCCAUACAAGGGAGAUCCAAACUUUACAAGCAAGAGUUUAAGUAAACUUGUAGAACUGUGUUUUGGACAAAGAUUGGACAAGUCUGAUCAAUUCUCAAAUUGGGAGCUAAGACCUCUUAGGGAAAGUCAAAUAAUAUAUGCUGCAUUGGAUGCUUAUUGUUUAUUGGAAAUAUAUAAGGUAUUAGCGGAUUAUUCGGCAGACAUGGAUAUACCGUUUGAGGAUAUUUGUGCUGAAAUACAACAUAUCCCACAGACACAUAAAAAGCCUAACACGAAUAAGCCCAUACAUAAGAAUUCUAUGUAUUCAAAUCCUACAACGUGUGAUAAAGGCAGUGAGAAUUAUCGCGCAAAUGCAGGAGCUUCACCAAAGUACGAAACGACUAAAUACAAACCUGCAGUCAAACAAGGGUAUCAUAAUAAUAAGCAGAAAUUUGCGCAUGUUGGAAUACUUAAAACAACUAAUGAUAGAAGACACGAUAAUCAAAAGAGAUACGACAAUCAUGAUAAUCAGAAUCGGGAUAGAUGUGCGCGUCUCGGAAUAAUUCGAGUAGCUAAUGACGCAAAAACCGAUAACCAAAGGAGAUAUGAAAAUGGUGAUAAUCAUAAUCAGAACAGAUACACGCACGUUGGAAUGCGAGGAGCUGAUGGUGGAAGAUACGAGAAUCAAAAGAAAUAUGAUAAAUAUGAUAAUUACGAGAAUUAUAAUAGAUUCGACAAUCACAAUCAUAAUAGAUACGAUCAUCCGAACAGAUAUGGUAAUCAAAGUAGACGUGAUAAUCAUAAUAGAUAUGACAAACAAAUUGGUAGACGAGAGGAUGUUCAGGGUAGAUUUAUGGAUAAAAUUGGAAAAAUGAAUAGAUCAGAACCCAAAGUGCAGCGACAACAUCAGGAAGACUUGGUCGCCGCGCAUACGUGGCGCGUUGUAUGCGAUUCGAUGCUGGGUGGCUUGAGCAGCAAGCUACGAAUGUGCGGCGUAGACUGCGUACAUGUCUUGUUCGAUCAGGGUGGGGACGAUUCCGCCAAACUGGCAAUGCGUGAAAAUAGGAUUCUGCUGACGCGCAAUAAAAACUACGAAAGAUUCAAGCAGUAUCUACCACUGUUUGAAGAAAACUGCUACAGGGUAAUGGCCGACACACCGGAUAAUCAAUUACGCGAAGUCUUACGUUAUUUCGGUGUAAUUGUCACACAGAAUGACAUUUUCAGCCGUUGCCAGAUAUGCAAUUGUGACGAAUUUGUCAAAGUCCCGAAGCAAUUGAUGGAUGAUCUUGUGCAAAGCUUCGUGAAAAUUAUAAGAAAAAACAAUUAUCGAAUGCUUCCCAAUCGAACUGAUAGCGUAGGAAAAGCUCGUAUUGAUGACGAUAACUCGAGCGAUGAUUUCGAACUCGUUCGAAAUCCAAACAAUUAUUUUACAAAUAGCGAGCAUCGUACGUGGCGUCUGUCUACAAAUACUAUCGACGUCGACACAUGUACAACGAGAUACCAAAUGCGAAUACAAAUCGAUAAGGUCCCAUUAAAUGUACUGAAGAAUGUACAAGUCUUUUAUAUUUGCGAGCACUGUGGAAAGAUAUAUUGGGAUGGUUCGCAUUUAGAGCGAGCUCUUAAUGGUGUUAUCAAAGAUUUAAUCGUUAAACAGUAAGUAUUAAUUUUAAAUGUGAUAUAGAAGAGAAUCUCGAAGACUCCUGCUCAAAGGAUCAGGGUAAAGGACAGAAAAAAAUCAAAAUCAUCCGUAGUUCGAAAAACUUCGAGUAAUGAUUGUUCCUAGAAUUUACGAGCCACCAAUAUCGAGUAUGUGAUAUUGCCACGCUUAAGCAAGCGCUACACACAUUUGAUUGUAAUAUUGACGUAGAUAAACAUAUAUAAAUAUAUAUAUAUAUA